AUGCCGACCGGGACGAUGUCGUCGGUCGUCCCCCGCCUCACACGCCUAAGGACGAUAGCGUGGAGGCACGUCGCACGCGCUCGGCGCUCGGCUCUCGCCUCCUCCUCCUCCUCCUCCUCCUCCUCCGCCAAGCUCCACCCGCUCAGGCUCCAUCCCUUGCCCCCGCACCCCCUCCCUCCCCGGGUGGAGCACGUCAUCCUCGACGCCGGCGGCCUGAUCGCAGCCGUCCUCCCCGCCCACAUCCCCGGCGACGAUGUCGACGAAACGACGGUGACGCAGCUCGUUCGCAUCGGCGCGGUGUACGCCGCGGACGUCCCGCCCCCCAAGGACAAGACCGGCGUGCGUCGAUCCCUCCGCCCCGCGAGGGUCAACUCGCCGGACCGCGCGUUACCGAACGGCGCUUACGUCAGGGUGCACGUCCACCCCAAGCGGUUUCCAGCCGCGGUGGCGUGCGACUGGGGUGGACGGAUCAUCGCCCGCGGCCGCGACUGGGUCGCGGUGGACAAGCCCCCGGGAGUUCCCGCGGGGCCGAGCUUGGACAACGCGACGGAGUGCGCGACGUAUCGAGUCGCCAGGGCGCUCCGAAGGCUGGAAACGACCGACAACGAUGACGACGACGACGACGAGGAGGAGGAGGAUGAGGAGAAGAAGAAGAAGAAGAAGGAGGAGGAGGAGGGGGGGCACAGCUGGUGGGGCGGCGACGGCGACGGCGACGGCGACGGAGGGACGACGCUGACGACCACGCACCGGCUCGACGUGGCCACCUCCGGAGUGUUGGUGCUCGCGAGGCGCUCCUCGUUCGCCGCCGAGUUCAACGACGCGCUGCGGCGCAGGCGCGUGACGAAGACGUACGAGUGCGUCACUGCGCGCGCGGUCCCGGUCGGGGUGUUGGAGCACUGGACGGAGGAAUCGAGCGGCGCGCGCGAGGGUCCGGCUCGGUUCGAGAUGCGCGAGCUCGAGCCGGGCGAUCCGCGGUGGCGAGACGUCGCGGCGGAUGGGAAGUAUUCGGACGACGCGUUCGUGACCCCGGACGGUCGCAAGCUGUGCGUGCUCCGCGUGCUCGGGUGCGAGGAGACCGAAGGGCUGACGAAACGGCUGACGAAACGGCUCGCGGGGGAGGCGGGGGAGGCGGGGGAGGCGUCGCGGGCGUACGUGUCGACGAUUGAGCUCGUCACCGGUCGGACGCACCAGAUCAGGGCGCAGCUCUCGGCGAUCGGGUGCCCGAUCCUGGGGGACGUCCUGUACGGCGGCGUAGAUCUGAGCCGCGAGGGAGGUGCGACGCCGAGGGUGCUGAGGGACGACGACAGGCUGUGUCUGCACGCGGCGGAGAUGAGGAUGGACGCGGACUCGGCGCUGGGGCCGAAGGGGACGACUUUGCGAGCGGGGCCUCCUUGGUGGCGGGCGGCCGAUUUAGAGCGAACCUAG